CAAGGUACAUUUGGAGAUGCCGCUCUGGGCUGUAACCUCUCACCUUACCUGUGACAAGAAACAGUCACAAGCGCAGCAAUCCUCCUUCUGAGCUCCCAGAUGGUGCUGUGUAGUCUCCUGGCCUUUGGCAUUCAACUUGUGCGAUGAGCAGGAGUUUGAGGGCCUUCAAAUUCAUUAAGCUUCAGGCUCUUACUUCUGCUUCCUUUUAUUGGCAGUGGGACUGAGGAAAAGCGUCUGACCCCACACAUUGUUUAGCAGCCUUCAACUACUUUACAAGCAGUGGUAAAAUUGCUUCAGACUACACAAUUACUUUGUUAAAUGAGUUAAAGUAAUCUGGGGGGAGAGUGCAUGAGAGAGAGAGAGAGAGUGAGCGAAAUCAGGUGAGUUUGUGCUGCUUGUGUAAAAGCUAUAAUCGGGCUGUUAACAUUCAGCAGGGUGCAGCCACGCUGCUUUUUCUCAACGUCACCUGCCUGCUGCCAGCGGAGCCUCUCCGGAUGAUGCCCGAGUGAGUCAUUUCCUUUCCUCAGCCGCAGCAGCUCUCCGUUGCUGUCGGGAGAUCUGUCCCCUUCUUCCUGAAGGCAGACGCCAGCAAGAGCCAUCAGGAUGCUGCUGCUCCCGCUCCUGGCUCUGGCUGCAGCCUGGUCUCAUGGACAAGUGCUUCUGAAGCAGAGCCAAGUAUCUACUACCAAACGGCAAACGAAAACUGCACGGAUUGAGUGUAAAGCCGAGGGCAUAUCUGACUUCCGGUCUGCGUAUAUACAUUGGUACCGACAUAUACCACCCAAAGCUCCCGAACGGAUUCUGUAUAUCGGAUCAGCUCAACCUGUUUAUGAUGACAGUUCCUAUAGAAACAAGUUUGGGUCUUCAAAGAAAGACACAGAUGUCUGCACUUUAACUGUCAGGGACAUCGACUCCAGCGAUGAAGGUUUAACCCACACGGGCAACAUGUUGCUGCUCCCAGUCCUUCUUGCAAGUUCUCUGUGGUCCCGUGGAGACACGCAGGCAGUGCCAGUGCAAACCCCAGCGCUCCGGAGGCAGGUGAAGGGCAGCUCUGUCAGCAUGGAGUGCCGGAUGAGCGCCGAUAACAUUGUGCACUGGUACAAACAUCUUCCUGGGCAGCCACCAAAGAGGAUACUGUACAUGUCGGGGCAGUCACCUGUUUUUGAUGACAGUGCUGAUAAAAGGAGAUUUCAAACUCGGAAGCAUUCUACGAAGCCCCUCUAUAGUCUUAGGAUAGGUUAUUUAACGCCGAGUGAUUCUGGCACUUACUACUGUGCCUACUGGUUUUUUCAAGGCAUCACAGUGUUAGAUCGGCAAAGAUUAGCCAUACAAAAAGGUCGUUUUGCACUCUGAACCACAAGAUCUGAACUCUGCCAAAAUCCAGAGGGUUCCCUGUUCCACUCCCCUCUCAUGAUUUUCUGCAACUGGAUAAGGAUUACAGCAAUUUGUUUCUGACAAACGCUAAACAUAUGAUGAUAACGAUCACCAUAUCAUUUCAGUACUCACGCAUGUCUGUAAUAUCCAGAAA